UCGGGAUCCCACAUCAUCCCCUAUGUGAACACUAUAAAUGUCGAGUCGCCCGUUGCUCGUUUCUUUCUCAUCUAAUCCCGCUGUCCGGUUUAUCACAAAGCUGGGGUGGCAGGCUCAGUAAAUCUAUUUUAGAUUGUGGAACCAACGCCCAUUUCAGCUGCUGUCCAGACCGUUUCUCAGUUCUCGAUGCAAAUCGAGUGUCCUUUCGGAGAAACGGAAACCAGCCGAUACAUGGGUAUGGGGUUGGAUAAGAUGAAGAAAAGGGCAGAUUGUGACUCCCCAGAGACCCACCCUGACUCUCGCCCACACGUCAAGAUAAAUGACAGCUGGAAAGGGUGUUGCAAAUGCUCACGUCUGUCGACAACUUUUGGAAGGCAUCGACGUUCUGACAGCAGCGGUAGUAGCAGCGGAACCUCUUCUCCACAGACUACCCAUUCGUCGUGCACAUCGGUAUUCUCAGCGGGGAGCUCGUCGAGCGGAAGUUCACCCCCUUCUAGCUAUGGUUCAUUCUCAGAAUCUUCGUCACCUUCAUCGUACCAUUCCAGAAGUCGGCCGCGAAUCCUUGUAUCUUCGUUGUUGUCCGACCCCUACGCUGUAUCAUACCACCUGGAGGUCGUUCAACAACCAAUGCGAGGUGCGGAGUUUCGGAAUGCGCCUCUGUCCCGUCUGCCUAUAUCACCGCCCGUGGUCGUUCGACUAGUCAUCCGAGAUACCUCAGGCAACCCCGUAGUUCCUAAUGUCGAACUCCCGUUUCUUAUUGCACACCUCUCGCUCUAUGGCGAGACUGGACGGACAAGAAUUGACAGUGGAUUCUCAGUGCCAAUGGGUCCAGCGGAACCUAUAUUAUACGGUAAUCUGGUCUCAUCCAUUACACAACUGGAAGACCUUCAAGGCAACAAGGGUCUCUUUUUCAUUUUCCCUGAUGCCAGCGUCCGAUGGCGUGGGAGAUAUCAGCUCGGAGUGACACUGUUAAGAAUAUCAGAGUGCGUUGCCUUCACUCUCUUGCACGAAAACGAAGAGGGCUGCUGACUUGUAAAUUAAACCAUUAGUGCUGCCUCUCCUGGUGUAUUGGGAACGACACAACAAACAUCGGGACUCGCGGAGACCCGUACGAGGGCGUUCGAUGUUCUGCCCCGAAAUGAAUAUGUCGCUAUUCGUGUGUAUUCUGUUUCUCACCUCCGCUUUGUUGAGAUCCAUGCUCAUUUUGUAGCUCAAACGCGUCUUACUCAAAACUUUGUCCGGCAAGGAGCAAGGAUGUCUACUUUUGUUCCGCCCACUUACUCACGAUGAUCUGAAACUUUUUUUUUGCUUUUCGUUCUUUUAUCUACCGCAUGCCAGCCUUUCAACCAGCUUUGACGUUCGUUCUACUCGUACACAAUUUGUCGUUUUUUGCCACUCUUUUUUUCUCAGCACCAAUUGGUGCUGAUGACAGUAAGAGUGAUGCAACCUUGACAAUAAUCAAUUCGAUUUUUUUACAUUAGAGUGAAGGGCUGAAUGCC